AUGUCGUGGUGGGGGGACCAGGUUGGAGAGGUUGGCCAGGGCCGCCUCACACAGGCCUGGGUCAAGGUGCUGGUGACGGGGAAAAGCACGCUCACAUUUAUCGAGCAUUUGUCAUGGGCCCUUUGUUACGUGGGCCUCCUGUUCUUCAUCCAGCAGGAGGUACCCGUACCCUCCCAUGCUCUCAGAGGAGCCCCCACAACCCACCCCUGCUGGUAUUGCUGGCCCUUGAGGGGUUCCCGACCUGUGGCAGUGUGUCAGGUGGCUGAUGGUUUCCCUCCUGGGCCUCGCUCGGCUCUGAAAAAGGAACUCAGCCCCCAGGACAAGGUACCAAGACCUCCAGUCACCCAUGGGCCUUCCCUUCCUCCCCCUGCAGAGCUGAAGAAGUCCCUCUAUGCCAUCUUCUCCCAGUUUGGCCAGAUCCUGGAUAUCCUGGUUUCCCGAAGCCUGAAGAUGAGGGGCCAGGCCUUUGUCAUUUUCAAGGAGGUCAGCAGCGCCACCAACGCCCUGCGCUCCAUGCAGGGUUUCCCCUUCUACGACAAGCCCAUGCGCAUUCAGUAUGCCAAGACUGACUCGGAUAUCAUUGCCAAGAUGAAGGGCACCUUCGUGGAGCGGGACCGCAAGCGGGAGAAGAGGAAGCCCAAGAGCCAGGAGACCCCAGCGGCCAAGAAGGCCGUACAGGGUGGGGCAGCCGCCCCCGUGGUGGGGGCUGUCCAGGGGCCUGUCCCGGGCAUGCCCCCGAUGACCCAGGCACCCCGCAUCAUGCACCACAUGCCUGGCCAGCCUCCCUACAUGCCGCCUCCUGGCAUGAUCCCCCCUCCAGGCCUGGCUCCUGGCCAGAUCCCGCCAGGGGCCAUGCCCCCGCAGCAGCUUAUGCCGGGGCAGAUGCCGCCUGCCCAGCCUCUUUCAGAAAAUCCACCAAAUCACAUCUUAUUCCUCACCAACUUGCCCGAGGAGACCAACGAGCUCAUGCUGUCCAUGCUUUUCAACCAGUUCCCUGGCUUCAAGGAGGUCCGACUGGUCCCUGGGCGGCACGACAUCGCCUUUGUGGAGUUUGACAAUGAGGUGCAGGCAGGGGCUGCUCGUGAUGCACUGCAGGGCUUCAAGAUCACCCAGAACAAUGCCAUGAAGAUCUCCUUUGCCAAGAAGUAGCACCUUUUCCCCCUGCCUGCCCCUGCCCCCUGUUCUGGGGCCACCCCUUCCCCCCCUUGGCUCAGCCCCCUGAAGGUAAGUCCCCCUCGGGGGCCUUCUCAGAGCCGUGUGUGAGUUGAGUGGUCGCCACACAGCAUUGUACCCAGAGUCUGUCCCCAGACAUUGCACCUGGCGCUGUUAGGUUGGAAUUAAAAUGGCUUUUUUUGAGGUUCGGUUUUUCACAA